AUGUCUGUACAAAAAGAAGAAUACGAUAUUUUAGAAAAGGCUCAAUUAUCUGUAUCUGCAGAAAGUUUAACGUCAGAUUCAGAAAGCCUUUCACAUAACCCAUUUGACGAUUUUCAUGAAGCUGAGCGUUGGAGAAAAGUCUAUGAAUCCAGUGGUUACGAAGGUCUGGCUAAGUUCGAUCCUGAGUUUACAUGGACCACGGAUGAGGAAAAGAAAUUGGUAAGGAAAAUGGACUUGAAGAUUUUUUUAUGGGUUUUCAUUAUGUUUGCUUUUCUGGAUUUAAUAAGGAAGAAUAUUGCAAGGGCAGUUUCGGACAACUUCAUUUCUGACUUGAAUAUGAACACUAACGACUACAACCUCGGCCAAACUGUUUAUCUGGUUAUAUUUCUAGCAAGUGAACUACCUGGUAACCUGCUGUCGAAAAGAUUUGGUCCAGAAAGAGUCAUUCCGGUUCAAAUUGUAUUGUGGAGUGUCAUCUGCAUUACCCAAGCUGGUUUGAAAAAUCGAGGUCAGUUUAUUGCUACGAGAUGUUUGUUAGGAAUGGUUCAAGGGGGGUUCAUCCCAGACAAUAUUCUCUACUUGUCGUAUUAUUAUACCGGAGCAGAGCUUACGUUCCGCUUAAGUUUCUUUUGGUGCGCUAUACCGCUCUUCCAAAUUUUAGGCUCUCUCUUAGCUUCCGGAGUCAUAGAGAUGAGGGGGAUUCAUAACUUAGCAGGUUGGCAAUAUCUGUUUAUAAUUGAAGGUUUUCUGUCCCUUUCUGUGGGUGUGGCAUCCUUUUAUUUAAUGCGUAGGGGGCCUACGCAAACUGGCGAGUCUGCAUUUCACAAGGGAAAAUCGUUAUUCACUGAGUAUGAGGAAAAAAUUAUGGUUAACAGAAUCCUAAGAGAUGACCCAUCAAAGGGCGACAUGAGUAAUCGACAACCAGUUAGCUUUAAGGAGAUUUUGUACACAUUAACAGAAUUUGAUCUAUGGCCGUUGUUUAUCCAAGGCAUUACAGCAUUCAUAGCUCUUCAAACGGUUGGUCCUUAUUUAUCUUUGAUAUUAAAAAGUUUAAAUUACUCCACAUUUCUUUCGAACAUUUUAGCAAUUCCAGGCCAAGCCUUGUUACUCAUUAAUCUACCAUUAGCGGCAUUAUUAUCGCGUAAAUUGAAAGAAAAAUCACUCUGUGUAGGAAUUGCCAACGUUUGGGUGCUUCCUUUCAUAGUUUCUCUAGUUGCUUUACCGACCGAUACAAACCCAUGGAUCAAGUAUAUACUACUGACCGGUAUACUUGGUCUUCCCUAUACGCAUUCCAUUCUUGCUGGUUGGGUCUCCGAGAUUUCGAAUUCGGUAAGAUCACGUACAGUGGGUACAGCAUUAUACAACAUGAGUGCCCAGGUUGGAUCAAUCAUUGCUUCUAACAUGUACAGGAAUGAUGAUAAACCCUACUAUACCAGAGGUAACAAAAUACUUCUAGGGUUCACUUGUUUCAACAUUUGCUUGGCUGUUGCAACCAAGUUUUACUAUAUUAGUAGAAAUAAAUACAAAGAUCGCAAAUGGAAUUCUAUGACAAAAGAGGAACAGAUCAAUUACUUAGAGACAACCAAAGAUAAGGGAAUGAAGCGCCUUGACUAUAGAUUCAUUCACUAG